AUGCACAUUAACAUAAUGAUGAUGGCUUCAAUCCCGGUUCUCAAGGAACCAUCCGGCAUUUCUGCGCAUGAUGGUAGGCGCCAGGAUGGAUGCACGCUAAUACCUUGGAGAUCCGGCAGAUGGGAUGUUACGGUUCCUGGCACCCUCGCCGAACGAUACGUAAACCUGACAAGUAAAGAAUGCGGUUUGGCCGCGGCCAGGGCAGCGGACGAGAAAAUGAAAAAAUAUGGGAACGCCCUCCCCUCGAUGGAAUUCUUGCCAAUAUGUAUCGAGGUUCUUGGCCCGAACAAGUGCACAAUUUAA